GCGUUAAUCGCUGCGUACAUUUUCGCGAUUAGUUUCUUUUGCUCUCUGUCAGUGCACGCGCGAAAUCAGUGGAUCGGUGCUUUUUGUGUCAAAUCCGUGGACUUGGAUAUGUCUGCGGACAUGGGUUAUACUUCCGGAUUUAACAUGACGAUGCGGUAGUGGAUGACUUCGCAGUAGCGGACUCAAGGUUGAAUUUGAAGAAGAAAAAGAUAUUUUUCGCGUGCUGCAGCACAGGGGAGGAAGAGAUUCUAGAUGCUAGGCCGGAUCAAAACGAAAUAGAAAAAAGAAAGAACACGAAAGAGAGAAUUAUUAGCGGGAAGAGGAAACGAGGACGAGAGAUAGGGGAGGAAAGAGGGACGGGGAGGAAGAAGGAGGAGGAGGAAGAGGAGGAGGAGAGAAAGUAAGAGAAAGAGUGAGGGAGGGAGAGGGAUGGGCGCUGGGAUGGGUAGAAGCGGCACGAGCGGCGGUCUGCUCGAGGCACUUCCCACAGGAACUCCACUACACGUGGCGAUGCUCGGUCUUGACAGCGCUGGGAAAACUACCGCCUUAUACAGACUGAAAUUUGACCAGUAUCUCAAUACCGUACCGACUAUUGGCUUUAACUGUGAGAGAAUUCGCGGUGGCAUCGGAAAAGCUAAAGGUGUUAAUUUUCUUGUGUGGGACGUCGGUGGGCAAGAAAAGCUACGGCCGCUGUGGAAAUCUUACACAAGAUGCACCGAUGGUAUUAUUUUUGUCGUUGACUCUUGCGAUACUGAACGACUUGAGGAGGCAAAAAUGGAGCUCACCAGAACGGCGAGAAGUCCCGACAAUACGGGUGUGCCGAUCCUAAUCCUCGCCAACAAACAAGAUUUGCCCGGUGCGAAAGAAGUUAGUGAACUGGAGAAGCAUCUGGGAGUGUUGGAACUAACCGGAAUGCCAGGCAGCGCUUGUAUUCGUGUGCAACCAGCGUGCGCUAUUACAGGCGAAGGACUUCACGAAGGCUUAGACACAUUGUACCAGCUGAUAUUGAAACGACGCAAAUUGGCUAAACUGAAUCGGAAACGGGCCAGGUAG